AUGGAGAGGAGACGGAUCUCUCAGGAUGAAGAGGCGUUAAGUUCAGAGGGCUCUCCUGAAGGAACGGAUCGUGGGAUAACUAUGACGGAAAUGUGUCUCAAGUGUUUUUCUUUUCUUUUUGAUUGAUUUUCUCCCAGCCGCGCUGAGGCGCGUGGAGGUGCUGAACUUGCCACCAACAUGAUCUGGGCUGUUUUUUUAUGCUGCAUUCUGACGCCUGCUGCUGGAUAUCAAACCAAGGGUCGACUGCCUUUCUUUCACGGGCAUGUUUUUGAGAACUCUCCGACGGCUUCCAAAGUAAACGGACUGAGCAUUCCGGUGAGGCGCAUCGACGCGCAAAAAUGGUGCCCGGUCUCCGGAAUGCACUUCAAACUGUACGGAAACGGCAGCGAAGAUUUCCGCGCCUUCGCCCACCACAAGAAGGGGAAUAUUUUGUUAAAAACUUGCAGGGUUCUGGACAGAGAGGCUCGCGCAGAAUACCUGCUGAGUCUGGCUCUGUGCUGUCAGAGCUGCGUGCCGGAGUCUGUCGCCUUCGAGGUCGCGUCGGUAAAAGUGGACGUGUUGGACACCAACGACCACGAGCCCACUUUUCGCAGUGCAGACAGCGUGCACAUAACUUUAGAUGACACGACACCUCUCCGUAGUGUGGUUUACAGGCUGGAGGCGGUCGACGCUGACAGCGGCAACAACGCAGAGUUGACAUACAUUUCUGUCCCCAAAAACGGCAGCUUCUAUGUGGUGCCGAAAACGGGCGAAGUUUUGCUUGUUGACUCUAUCCUGGGGCUCCCUUCUGAAGUCACAUUCUGUGUUUUUGCCAGAGACCACGGGUGGCCCCCCCUCACCAGUAAAGGUGUAGUGGUCACCGUGUCUCCUCAGAGGUGGGCGACGCGUCCUGCCGAGCUAACGGGGUCAGGGAGGGCAGGACGGUCACCCAGGGCAUUGCUCGAGCCUGGCACGGUGGUUUCCCUCAACGUGUCUGAGGAUGCCAGCGUCGGCUCGGUCAUAACGAGCCUGAGCCCCAGCAGGUUCCAGUCAGCCGCCUACGAGCUGAUUUCCCCGGAGUCUGAGAGCUCUCCGGUCAGCGUGGGGCGCGAGAGUGGAGAUAUCACGAUCAGCAGGAGACUGGACAGAGAGACAGAGCCUUUCCUGGAGCUCACUGUUAAGAUUCAGGAUAAACGAGGCCCAGACUGGUACCUGAACAAGGUGAGGCUGAAGAUCACUGAUGUCAACGACAACAUCCCUGAGUGGAAUAUGAAGCCGUACCCGUACCUGGCUGUGGUGUCCCCUGAGGCUCCCGCGGGGACGUUUGUCUAUCACCUCCAGGCCCAGGAUGGAGACGAGGGCAAGAGCGGAGAGGUGGAGUACUUUUUGUCAGAUGGCGGUGACGGCUGUUUUGCAGUGGACAAGAAGACGGGCCAGGUGGUGACCACAGGCCUGCUGCUGCAGAGGGACAGGGAGUACUUGUUAAGCGUGGUGGCUCUGGACGGCCCGGGCAGCCGCAGCGCCCCCGCCAUGCUCUCUGUGGUCGCAGGAGCCAGAGCACCGCAGUUCACCAACAGCAGCUACGCCAUCUCCAUCCCAGAGAACACGCCGGAAGGACAGCCCUUCCUGGUGGUGUUUGCCAUUUCCUUCCAAAAGCAGCCAAUCAGCUACAGCCUGCUGAUCAAUCCCAGCAGCCUGUUCAGUAUCCGGCAGGAGACGGGAGAGAUCAGCCUGACCAGGACGUUGGAUUACGAGAGCGACCAGCGGCGGUACCUGCUGAUGGUGCGAGCCAGCGAGGAGGCCGGCAGCCUGAGCACGGCCACAGAGGUUCAGGUGUUGAUAACGGAUGAGAAUGAUUGUGUCCCAGAGUUCCUCCAAUCCAUCUACAGUGUGGAUGGUGUCCCCGAGACUGUAACCACGGCAACGUCUCUGCUGCAGGUUUUGGCCACAGACUGUGACUCGGGGUUAAACGCCGAGCUCACCUAUUACACCCUCAGCCCCGACUUCAGCAUUUCACCCCAUGGGACCGUUUUCCCCGCGGGGCGGCUGGACUACGAGAGGCGUAACCAUCUGUAUGAGUUUGUGGUGAUGGCGACAGACAGCGGCGAUGAGCCUCACUCCGGCACAGCCACGGUCCGUGUGAGGAUGGCGAACAUCAACGAUGAGGCCCCGGAGUUCUCCCAGCCUGUAUAUCGAACGUUUGUGUCCGAGGACGCAGGCCCCAACACUCUGGUCGCAACAGUUCUGGCCAAAGACCCGGACGGAGACGGGAUAAUCUAUUCAAUAACAGCCGGCAAUGAGGAAGGGAACUUUGUCAUCGACAGCCAGAAAGGGUUGAUUCGUCUCCGCUCCACUCCCCUGCCCAAGCUUCAAGGCCUGGAGUACGUCCUGAAUGUGACGGCCACAGACGACAAUGCAUCAGGCGGACCGCACCCUCUCUCCUCCACCGCACGUGUCAUCGUCGGAGUGGAUGAUGUCAACAACAACAAACCUGUCUUUGAGGAGUGCCAGCAAUAUCGUGAGCAGGCUUCAGUGCUGGAAAACCAGCCGACGGGGACUUUUGUGUUGCAAGUGCAUGCGGUGGAUGCAGAUGAGGGAGCAAAUGGAAAAGUCAAAUAUGGCUUAAUGCACAGAGACAGCGCCAUGCCCGCCUUCAGAAUCCAUCCAGACACAGGAGUGAUUGUGACAGCCCGGAGGUUCGACAGGGAGCGACAGAGGGAGUAUUUGAUUACGGUAACGGCCACUGACUGGGCCGAGGAGCCACUCAUCGGCAUCUGUCAGCUCACCAUCCAGAUUCUGGACCAGAAUGACAACAGCCCAAAGUUCGAGAAUUUGCGCUACGAGUACUUCCUGAGAGAGGACACGCUGGUCGGCACAAGUUUCCUGCGCGUGGCGGCUCACGAUGACGACUUUGGCACUAAUGCAGCGGUAACUUACUCCAUGUCCCUGGAGCCACCCGAGUACCUGCGGGUCAACCCCGUCACUGGAUGGGUCUACGUUAAUCAGCCCAUAUCACAGAGAACUUACAUCACGCGGGAAAUCAUAGCGACUGAUGGAGGAAACCGAAGCACCGCCGUAGAGCUGUCAGUCACCAUCACCAACGUGAAGAACCAGCCGCCGGAGUGGGACAAGGAGAGCUACAGCGUGGUCAUCCCUGAAAACACGGCCAGGGACACGCCCAUCGUGACGAUCAGAGCCACCUCUCACCUGGGUGACCCGCGGGUGACCUACAACCUGGAGGACGGGAUGGUCCCUGAAACCAACAUGCCAGUCCGGUUCUAUCUCUCACCAAACCGUGAGGACGGCUCUGCUUCCAUCCUGGUGUCCGAGCCGCUCGACUACGAGACCACGCCAUUUUUCUCCCUUCGGGUUCGAGCGCAGAACGUGGCUGCUGUUCCUCUGGCGGCCUUCACGACAGUCUACAUCAAUGUUACAGAUGUCAACGACAACGUGCCAUUUUUCACCUCCUCCAUCUACGAGGCAUCGGUGACUGAGGGAGCUCAGAUCGGGACUUCAGUCCUGCAGGUUUCUUCCCACGACAAAGACCUGGGGCUUAAUGGAGAGAUCACUUACUCUCUGCUGAGUGACAGCAGCGGCGACCACCAUCUGUUCCGUAUAGACCCAAACCUGGGGAUCAUCUGCACCGAGGCUGUGUUUGAUCGAGAGGCUCGGAGCUCCUAUUUGCUGGAAGUUCAGUCAGAAGACGGGCAGGAGUCAGCGCGACCCGGAAAGAACAAGCAGCCCAACUCAGACACAGCAUAUGUGAUUUUCAUCAGCGACGUCAACGACAACAAACCAGUCUUUGCUCAGAGACUGUAUGAAGUCGGAGUCGACGAGGAUGCAGACGUGGGCCUGGCUGUUGUCACUGUUAGCGCUAAUGACGAGGAUGAAGGUGCGAAUGCCAAGCUGCGUUAUCAGAUCACGUCUGGAAACAAAGGAGGAGUUUUUGACAUCGAGCCAGAGGUGGGGACUAUCUUCAUCGCACAGCCGCUGGAUUACGAGGAGCAGAAGAGAUACAAGCUGCUCGUCCUCGCCUCGGACGGGAAGUGGGAGGAUUACGCCGCCGUGGUUGUUACUGUGGUCAAUAAGAACGAUGAGGCGCCCGUUUUCUCCAUGAGCGAGUACUACGGAUCAGUCACAGAGGAGCUUGAUGGGUCACCUGUGUUUGUGCUGCAGGUGACGGCCACUGACCCUGACAAAGACGCAGACCAGGGCGCCAUCCGGUACUCCAUCCAUGGCCAGGGGGCGGAGUCACACUUCAUGAUCAACGACAUCACGGGGGAGAUGUACGCCCAGCGCACCAUGGACCGAGAGGAGCGCGCUGUCUGGCGCUUUGUAGUCAUGGCGACAGACGAGGAGGGCGAGGGACUCACCGGCUUCACAGAUGUUAUCAUCAACGUGUGGGACAUCAACGACAACGCCCCCACCUUCAUGUGUGCGCCCGAUAACUGUCACAGCAGCGUUGCGGAGAACUCUCCUCCUGGAACGUUUGUGGUGGAAAUGACCGCCGUGGACCUCGAUGACGCGGCAGUAGGUCAGAACGCCAUCCUCACGUAUCGCAUCACUGAGAACGCACGCAACGCAGACAAAGCAGAGCUGUUCACUAUUGAUUCAAGCACCGGCACCAUUUCUGUGGCAGCAGAGGGUCUGGACCGCGAGUCUGCGGACAGCCACAGGAUAGUAGUAGAGGCCAGAGACGGCGGCAGUAUGACAGGAACAGCGACCGCCACUGUAGCAGUUGCAGACAUCAACGACCACGUUCCCAGGUUUAAAGACGAGUGGUGUAGUGCUCGUGUGUCUGAGAGCACCAAUGAGGAUGCUCCAAUUCUGAAGCUGAGCGCCUUGGACCCGGACGCGGGCACGUACGCACAGCUGGCGUUCAGUGUGGUGGCGGGAGACAUGGAGCAGAGGUUCUACAUGGUGAGCCACAGGCAGGAUCAGACGGCGACUCUGAUGCUGAAGAAGAAGCUGGACUUUGAGAAAGCAGGAGAGCAGCGCUUCAACCUCACCGUCAAGGUGGAGGACUCUGACUUCUCCAGCCUCACCCACUGUGUGGUGCAGGUGGAGGAUGAGAACGACAAUGCUCCCGUGUUUGCCCCCAGCUCACACCUGCUCCCCCCUGUGCCUGAGGAUGUUACCGCGGGAACCAGCAUCGUUCAGGUGGUGGCCUCUGACUCAGACUCUGGCCUGAACGGGGAGAUUGUGUACAGCAUCUUGCCUGACUCUGACCCCUUUGGGCAUUUCUCAGUCAGCCGUGCAGGUGUGGUCACAGUGGCGAGCACGCUGGAUAGAGAGACCGUGGCAGGAUAUGAGCUUGUUGUCAUGGCGACAGACCGGGGUAACCCAGCACUGACUGGCAGUGUCACGGUCCACUUGCCGCUGUUGGACGUGAAUGACAACGGGCCGGAGCUGGAGACGGCGUACUCUCCCGUGCUGUGGGAGAACAGUCCGGCACCUCAGGCGGUCUGGCUGAACCGGAGCUCCACUCUGCUUCACGUUGUGGACAGAGACUCCCCAGAGCACGGUCCUCCCUUCCUCCUCUCCCUCCCCCCGCUGCACUCUGCAGACUUCCACCUCCAGGACCACGGAAACGGCUCUGCCUCGCUCACCGCCCUGCGGAGGUUUGACAGGGAGAGGCAGAGCGAGUUCCGCUUGCCCGUGAUCAUGAUUGACAGCGGCCUUCCGCCAAUGACAUCCACACACACGCUCACCAUCACCAUCGGUGACCAGAAUGACAACGCCCACCAGGCAGGCGAGAAAGAUGUCUAUGUGCAUUGCCGCAAGGGAGGGAUGGCAAAUGCGGCACUGGGGAGGGUGUAUGCCCCAGAUCCUGAUGACUGGGACAACAAGACCUACACUCUGGAGACAAGUGCAGCCAAGUACUUCUCUUUGAACCAGAGCUCAGGAGUGCUGACCGUCAGACAGAACACUCCAGCAGGCAGCUACUGGCUGAGGGUCGGGGUGUCUGAUGGGGUUUGGCCUGAUGUGAUCUCAGGGAUCAGAGUUCAUGUGAGGGAGCUGGAGGAAAAGGCCAUCCUGUCGUCCGCCUCGCUGCGUCUGACCGGCAUCACAGCGAGAGAUUUUAUCGACUCGCACGUCGAGGGGAAGAGUCGACUGGAGACGUUCUGGGACUUCAUGUCUGAAUCGCUGUCCGUCAGACCGGGGAGCAUCAACAUUUUCAGCAUAGCAGACAGAGAGCAGAAAACAGUGGACAUCCAUUUCUAUGUGCUCACGGAAAACGGCUACCUGCGUCCAGAGAAGCUGCACGCUGUCCUCGCCGCACAUAAAAAGAAGCUGCAGUCACUGCUGCGUGUCACUGUGAGCCAGGUGCAGGUGGACGAGUGUGUGCGCUCAGACUGUAAGACAUCCGGCGGCUGCUCAACACAGUUAAGCUUCAGCGACUCGCCCACCCUGGUGGACUCAGGAGUCUUAUCCCUGGUGUCAGUAAAGGUGACGUCCUUAGCCGUGUGUGGCUGCGCUGCCCGGGAAAUGACUCACCAAGGCUGCUCUUCCUACUCCAGCAACCCCUGCCUGAACGGGGGAACCUGCGUCGACACCCAGAAUGGAUACAGGUGCCACUGCCCCCCGCAGCUGGAGGGGCCCGACUGUCAGCAGACCACACUCAGUUUCCUUGGCGACGGUUAUGCCUGGUUUCCCCCCAUAAGGCCGUGCUUUGAUAGCCAUCUUUCGCUGGAGUUUAUGACGGAGGAGGAGGACGGGCUGCUGCUGUACGCCGGCCCGCUGGCCACGCUGCUGCCUGGAGACGCCGAGGACUACAUGGCCAUCGAGCUGAUUGGUGGGACACCCAGUCUGAAAGUUAACCACGGCUCUGGGACCCUGGUGCUCCAGUUGACACAUAAUGCCGGAGUGGCUGACAGGCGCUGGCAUCGCCUGGACGUGAGGAGCAACAGUAAAGAAGUGCGCUUCACUCUGGAUCGAUGUUCCACUGCGAUCAUCAUGGAGACAGAAGGCGUGGACUCCUGGGCAAUGACAGAGGACCGCUCAUCCUGUGAAAUCCGAGGGGUCACACCCAACAGGGACAAGUAUCUGAAUGGAAGCCAGGUCCUGCAGCUCGGAGGCGUCAAUGAAAACAUAUCGUAUGAAUACCCUCAGCUGCAGCACAAACACUUCACUGGCUGUUUAAGAAACCUGCUCAUGGACAGCAAGAUCUACGACCUUGGUUCUCCAGCUGAAUCUGCCGGUACUGUGCAAGGCUGCUUUCCUAUUGAUGACCACUGCACCAACAUGGAGACCCUCCCGUCCUGCGGCAGGAGGGGGCGCUGUCAGGGGGAGUGGGGCUCGGUCAGCUGCCUGUGUGACGUAGGGUUUACAGGCCCGCAGUGUGAAAAAGCGGCUCCAGAGUUCUCCUUUGACGGACGCAGCCACAUCCAGUUCCAGCUCUUGUGGUCGUUGCCUGCGCGACAGAACAGGGUCCAGGUCGGGGUCCGGACAAGGGCUCCCUCCGGAGUCAUCCUCAGUCUGCUUUCCCAGGAGCAGAAUGAAUACCUGCGUUUAGAGGUGAUUCAGGGUCUGCUGGCUGUUUUCUACAACCUCGGAGACGGAGACUUCAACGUGACGCUGCCCCACCAUCGCCUUACUGAUGGAGAGUGGCACCAGGUUGAGCUGGACCGGUACGGCCGAGAGUUCACCCUGAGACUGGAUGGAGGCGGCGGGCGGCGGGAGGUCACCUUCUCACCCGGGCAGAGUCAGGAGAUCAUCAUCGACUCCUCGGCCGUGAUGUUAGGAAACUCUUUUCCCUCGGGACACAACCGGAGCUUCCUCGGCUGUUUGCGAGACUUGAGGUUUAACGGCCGCUCCGUCCCCCUGGAUGGGGAGCAGCCCUCGGAGGGUCUCCAGGUGGUCACUUCGCAGGGCGUCACUUUGGGCUGCUCGUCUGACGCCUGCAGGAAACAUCAGUGCUCUCCUCCGCUGGUCUGCGUGGAUCUCUGGAGACAUCACGAGUGCAGGUGCCCCGCAGGCCACCUGACCAAAGAGAGCUCCGUGGGAAAGGUGUGUGUCUACACGCUGUGCGCCAGCCGGCCCUGCCGCCACGGCACCUGUGUGGCUCACUCCCCGUCCCGCUACACGUGCCUCUGCAGCGAGGGAUACCGGGGACGCCACUGCGAAGUGACGCUCGCCAUGUUCCACAAUGAGGACGGCAACAGCCUGAGCCUCAGCUCCAUGUUCGCCAUCAGCAUCUGUGUGCUGGCGUUUCUAGUGUUGAUGCUAGGCCUCUUCCUCUACUCCUGCUGGAGGAGGCACAAGGGCCUGAAGGAGGGCGUGUACCAUGUGUCUGCGCACCACGGCGAGUGGGAGGACAUCCGGGAAAACGUGCUUAACUACGACGAGGAGGGAGGAGGCGAGCAGGACCAGAAUGCCUUCAACAUGGUGGAGCUGCAGCGCUCCCUCCAGCCCAGCCCGGCUCAGUCUCUGCGCUACAGCUACCCACAGAGCAUCAUCUCUUACCCGCAGACGAAGAUCCCCCAGGACAACAACAAGAAGGGGAUGACUAAUGGCAACGGCAGCGCAGCGAUCGCCCUGCGUCUGGCCAUCCCCCCCUCAGAGACAGAAUCACUGCCUUCCCCUCUGACUUUCCGCCGCUCCCACAAAACCCUCUCCUUCUCUAGCCAGGACUUAGCCCGCUACCUGUGUGAGGUCAUCAGGGACAUGGAGCACCCGGGGGAGCUCGGCACCAUGACCACGCCGCGGCGCUCCAACGGGAAGGAGCGUGGCUUGGCGGCGGUGCGCUCCCUCAGCUCCCUCAGUGCCUCUCAGGGUUCAGAGGUGAAACUGCAGGCGGCCCCGAGCAGCCGACUGGACAGGUUCAAAACCCUCCGAGCCGUAGUGAGCGAUCUGAGAGGAGAGACCAAGACUGCGGAGGCCCAGAGAGACAAAGUGAAGGAGAGCAGAGGGCAGCUGAACUGUGAGAAGAGCGGCUGAGGCUCGGAGAAACUGAACUGAAGGUUGCAGAAAAGCAACGCUAAUCAGGAGCGGUUGGUGGGAAUUCCAAAGGGAGAUAAUUAAAUGUGAAAUACUCUGAGACUGGGAGGACGCCCAGGGUCUGUGUGAAGUCUGCUAUACAUGUACUGUAUUGAUGAAACGUUGAACUUUCCAGCUCUUUGAUAUAAAAGAUGUUUACCAAUGAAUGACCAGAUGUGAUGUAUUGUUUACUUGGCAUUGCACUGUACAGUAUUAACUCCACAGAGAGCACUUUUGGAAGCGCCGUGUCCAAACUCUUCAUCUCCACCAAGCUCAUCAAAUGUCUGCAAAGUCUGACGGUUAAUGAGUUUCCUGCCAGAACUCUUUUUCGCUGUUAAUGACUCAUGAAACCGUUUAUGUGACAAAAUCAUUUUCUUUCAUUUGUAUUAUCCCUUUCUUUUUUCAAUAAAUGAUUAUCUUUGAUAAUA